AUGUUCUCGAAAAAUAAUAACCAUCUUUAUUUCCCGAUAUCAGUUAACAAAUUGUUUUUGGGCCCUAUGUAUAAUGUAUUCAUUCAGCUACUUGCGCACUACGGAUUCAUCGACAAGGCAAUUAACUUCGUUCUUUACAUUUCACUGAACAGUGUAGAGCAUAGGGCAGUGAUAAUUUACGUGACCUUUGUCAGCACUUGGAGUAGUGGCAAGUGGUGCUUGGGCUUCAUUGCUUCUACGAUAUUUUUACUUUCUCUUCAGUUUAUCAUGUUACUUUUCACUCAGAUAAUGUGCAGAACCCAACGUCCACAGCCGGAUGGGGUCGGAUUGUGA